AUGUCAUUUGGCUCAGCUUUCCGCUCAUUCUGGCAUGCGAUGACCAGUUACGAUCGCCAUUCUUCCUACGAUUCACCUUAUCGGACAGGCCAACACGUUCCUUUGGCUCAAAACAGGCAUGACCAACUCACUUCUAUCGCCACCACUGCAUCGGAGUCUCGUCCCGACGUCAGCUCUUCGUACUUUGAUGGAAAACAAUCCUCAUAUCUCCCGAACGGAAACUCCCAGCUAGGAUCGCCCCCUGUUUAUCAGUAUAGUCCUACACAAAACUCGCCCUACUCACCUGGAAUGAGAUCAAUAAAUGCUCAGAGUCGAAUAAGCACUCACGAAAAUUUUGAAAACAUGAGCCCUGGAGAGAUACAACUUCAAGCUUUUCAUGAGGGCCUUCCUCCACCACCACCUGUAGAGCAUUCAUGGAAACGGAUUGAUAGAUGGGCUGAAGAUAAUUACCCAGAAUUAUGGGACCAAUUAUGUGAAGGAUGUACGUCUAAUGACUUAAACGAACUCGAACACCAAUUAGACUGCUCUCUACCCCUCGAAGUUCGUGAGUCUCUACAAGUACAUGACGGACAAGAACGUGGUGGAAUGCCGACGGGUAUCAUAUUUAGCUCUAUGUUACUUGACUGUGAAGAGAUAGUACAAGAGUGGGAGAACUGGAAAAAAGUUAACCAAGAAUACUUAAAUGAACCAAUCAACAUCAAACCAGCACUACCAUUGAAAGCUCUUGGUGGAAGCUCUUCCUCAUCUAAGUCAACAUCUAAUCUCGCACAAAAUCCACUAUGGCGACAAGACCUCUUAGCACGACAAGACUCUCAACCUUCAGACGCUAUACAGAGGGUCUACGCUCAUCCUGCUUGGAUUCCUAUGGUCCGUGAUUGGGGUGGUAACAACCUAGCCGUAGAUCUGGCACCAGGUCCAGCCGGGAAAUGGGGCCAGGUGAUUUUAUUUGGUCGUGAUUACGACUGCAAAUAUGUUGUAGCUCGUUCAUGGGCAGCAUUUUUAGCUACUGUUGCAGACGAUCUAAACAGUGGAAGAUGGUUCGUGGAUGAAGAAACUAAUGAACUCAAAUUGAGAGAAUUCAAGUCAACCAAUGUAGAGCCAGGAUAUUUGGACAUUCUCAGAUGGAGGAUGGACCGGAAAUACGGGCGUAAAGGAGCCAGACGUAAAUUAACAAGCCUCGCAACACAUACUCAAACAGCUGGAUCGCCCGUCUUAUCACCGUACACCAGUCCGACCACCGAAAAUGGAGAGUCUCGUGGCCGAUCGAUGCAAAGGUUUAUGGGAGCUUCUCCUGUGUCUAGCCCCAACCGACCCUCUUUUGGCAAAAGUCCAUUAUCCAGAGUUACAGAGGAAACGUCGUUGCCACUUAAGAAUUUAACAAAUGACAGAAAAAGUGAAAUUCUUGUUGAAGUCGAAACCCCACGACCAAGUGAGGAUGAGAAAUCAAAUAUGCUGGGUGGGCUACUUGAAACAGUUGACCUUGAUACUAGGAAAAAGCAAAAAUCUAUUGGAAUCAAAAUAACAAGUAUUGAAGUACCGAACGGAGCAGUAAAAAGCUCCACAAUUGAGGACACGACGAUGAAAACUGUUGAAAUUUGA